UGGAACUAUGACCUUGUUAUUGCCUUUAUUUGGAAAUUAAGUAUGACUUAAGAUGCCAGUGGGUGCCUAUGGGUGCCAGUUGAUAAGGGGUAGACCUGUGAUGAUUGAUUUUGGAUGUCAACUUGACUAGAUUAAGGAAUGCCCAGAUAGAUGGCAAAGCAUUGAUUAUUCUCUAUGCUUCAGUACACACUGAGCCUGUCCCUUUUCUGCUGACAGGGAAACCCAGUGGUUUGACAUUAUGUAGAAUGAUCGGGCUGCCCCAGAUGUGUCUGUGAGGGGUUUUUUUGGAGGACACUGGCAAUUGAGUCACUCAACUGGGUGGGGAGGAUCUGCCCUCCAUGUGGGCAGGCACCAUCCAGUCAGCAGGGGCCUGGAUGAAACAAAAGGCUGGAGGAAGGGCGAAUCCUGGCUCUCUGUCCCGGAGCUGGGACGCUCUUCUCCUGUGCUUGGAUGUCAGAACUCCAGAUUUUCUGGCCUUUAGACCCUGGGACUCGUACAAGUGGUCCCCGGGGUCUUUGACCUGGAACUGGGAAUGACCGUGUUCCCCACCAUCCCGAAGCAGCUGACUUGAAAGAAGGGCAGUAGAGUCUUUUGAAGUUGCAAUUACAACGCCAGCUAGGUGACAGUACUUUGUAGGGCUGGGGCAGGGGUCUUCAAAAGGCUGUAUGUACUCUGUAUCAGCAUCCAAUAUAUGGUGCUGGUUUCUACCAUAGCCAGGAUUCACAGGUCCAGGAAUCAAGGGGAGGAAAUGGGAGUGGCACCGUGCAUCAUAUCCCCUAGGGACCCACUAGCGAAAUUUUUACUUCCUGUUCCUGUGACUUUAUGCUCUGCUGGCUUGGAGGUCUUCGUUCCAGAGGGAGGAAUGCUCCUCCCAGGAGACACAACAGUGAUUCCAUUGAACUGGGGGAAAGGCUGCCACCUGGCCACUUUGGGCUCCCUGUGCCUCUGGGUCAGCAGGCUGAGAGGGGAGUGAUAGUGUUGGCUGUGGAAAUUGAUCUGGACUACCAAGGGGAAAUUAAUCUGGACUGCUCCACAAUGGAGGCAAUACUGAACGCUGUGCAGCUUGCAGAGGUCUCCUGGCAGCCCGCCUUAGGAAUUCUGUCUGGCCCCGAUCAGAAUACUGGAGACGAGACCACGAGAUUGAUGAGUUUGCCUUGGGAGUCGGUGAGAAGGUGAAACCAGGGCGAACAUGGGUCAGAAGGUCACUGGAGGGAUCAAGACUGUGGACAUGAGGGACCCCACGUACCGGCCCCUGAAGCAGGAGCUCCAGGGUCUGGAUUACUGCAAGCCCACCCGGCUGGAUCUGCUACUGGACAUGCCCCCUGUGUCCUACGACAUCCAGCUGCUGCAUUCGUGGAACAACAACGACCGGUCGCUCAACGUCUUCGUGAAGGAAGACGACAAACUCAUCUUUCACCGGCAUCCGGUGGCCCAGAGCACAGACGCUAUCAGGGGCAAAGUCGGGUAUACCCGUGGGCUGCACGUGUGGCAGAUCACAUGGGCUAUGAGACAGCGGGGCACACACGCCGUGGUGGGGGUGGCGACAGCAGACGCCCCCCUGCACUCGGUCGGGUACACUACCCUCGUGGGGAAUAAUCACGAGUCCUGGGGUUGGGACUUGGGGCGCAACCGGCUCUACCACGAUGGCAAGAACCAGCCAAGCAAAACAUACCCAGCCUUUCUGGAACCAGAUGAGACAUUCAUUGUCCCUGACUCCUUCCUGGUAGCCCUGGACAUGGAUGACGGGACGCUGAGCUUCAUUGUGGAUGGACAGUACAUGGGAGUGGCUUUUCGGGGACUCAAGGGCAAAAAACUGUAUCCUGUAGUGAGUGCCGUCUGGGGCCACUGUGAGAUCCGAAUGCGCUACUUGAACGGACUCGAUCCCGAGCCGCUGCCGCUCAUGGAUUUGUGCCGCCGCUCGGUGCGCCUGGCCCUGGGGAAGGAGCGCCUGGGGGAGAUCCACACGCUGCCGCUGCCGGCUUCCCUCAAGGCCUACCUCCUCUACCAGUGAUGUUCGCCAUCGGACUGCCAGCACGACAGCCACCUGGUGCCACCUCACUGAGCCACCUGCCGCUGGGGCCGCCAUACCCUGCGCCUUGGACCGGCAUCCACAGCCAUGGACAGAGGUCCCUGGUCUUCCCUCAUCCUCCGUGGCUGCCUCCAUGGGACAAGGACCGAUUCCAACACAGGCUCCUCUUUCCCCCUUCCCGACAUCAGCAGAAGGCAGUGUCCCUGCAUGCCGUCCAUAUAUAACCCCUCUUUGAGAAAAGACACAGAGAAUAAACUCCUACGAAAGCCCUA